CAUACAUUUUCAAUUUCAGAUAUUAUUUUGGGGCGUUUCAGAUUUCUCACUUCUCUUUGGGGUUUGACUAAAAAAACUUUUGCAGUCUCCCCAUUUCAAUUUGGUGGGAAAAAUUAAAUAAAAAAGAGGGGAGAAAUUCCUGACAAAUUUCAACUUCUGCUGGCUGAAAUUCUGAAAUGGAAAGAAAGGGAUUUUCUUCCUCUCCAUGCCUACCACCAUCUGUUGCUGCCUCAAUGCAUCUACCCAGUUAAAUGUUAGAAGUUGGAUCAAAGGAGUAUGCUGUCUUGAAAGAAGAUAAUUUUUUAUAUGUUUCUUGGAAGGUACACGGCUUAGAGGCUUUCUCUGUUAAAAUUGGAUCCACGCGACAACCUGCACCAGACAUAAAAGCAAUUCUCACAUUCUUUUCUGAUAUACAAAGUGUUGACAACUAAUAUUUUAGAGAUCUGAAGAUUCUCAGUUCUCAGGCUGUGAAGUUUACUGAGAGUGCCAUCAGUGAUCAAGUGAACAUUUGAGAAGCAAACAAUUAGAGAAGUAUGGAGUGUAACAGAGAUGAAGCCCUCCGGGCAAAAUCAAUUGCUGAGGACAAGUUAGAAAAGAAAGAUUUUGCUGGUGCCAGAAAAUUUGCUUUGAAAGCUCAGACUCUUUAUCCGGGGUUAGAUGGUAUAUCCCAAAUUUUAACCACACUUGAUGUGUAUGUUUCUGCAGAGAACAAAAUAAGUGGAGAAAUUGACUGGUAUGGGGUACUUGGUGUGAACCCAUCAGCUGAUGAAGAAACAAUUAAGAAACAUUAUCGCAAGUUGGCCCUGAGUUUGCAUCCCGAUAAGAAUAAAUCGGUUGGUGCUGAUGGUGCUUUUAAGCUAAUUUCAGAGGCCUGGGGUUUGUUAUCAGAUAAGAAUAAGAGGUUACAAUAUAAUCAAAGGAGGGGCUCCAGAGGGUUCCAGCAGAAGGCCCAGAUGCAUAGUGGUGGUUCAUCAGCACCAUCCAGGGCAAAUGGCAUUUUCAACUUUGGCAGCAGAACACCAUCAGUUUCGAAAAACCAAAACAAUGCUGCUAAACCGCCGCCGCCACCUCCUAAGCCAGCUCCUGCACCACCUCCAAGGAAUGAUACCUUUUGGACUAUCUGUCAUCGGUGCAAGAUGCAUUAUGAGUAUCUUAAGAUGUAUCUCGAUCAUACUCUCCUUUGUCCCAAUUGUCGUGAAGCCUUUGUGGCUUCUGAGACAGCUCCUCCUUUCAAUUUUUCAAAAUCUUCUAAUCAGCUUCCUCGUCAGGGACAACAACCUUCAAAUUCUCGUCCUAGUCGGAAUGCUUUUGAUCAGGGAAGAAAUGUUCCAGCUGCUAAAAAAUCAGGUCCAUUUCAAGCAGGUUCAAAUUCAGUUAGAUACUCCUACCAGCAGGGCCCACCAUCUGGAUCAACUAGUGUUGGAAGUACAGAUCCAUCUAUUGCAGCAAAAGCAGCCAAUGUUGUUCAACAGGCACAGGAUAAGUUGAAGAGGUCAUAUAAUGAAGCACAUGCAUCUUCUGGAUGGGAGGGAGGUGUUCAAAAGAGAAAACUAGAUGAUGAUAGUAUUCGUUAUGGAGUGAGCUAUAAUGGAGUUGGUGGGAGUGCACCAGGAUCAAGGAUUUAUGGUUUUUCAGGUACCAAUCAACAACCAAACAGUACCAGAGAUUUGACACCCCUUGAAACACGUAAUUUGUUAAUUUCAAAGGCUCGAAAGGAUAUUCUAAACAAGCUGAAUUUGUGGAGGUCUAAGCCUGAAGCAAUUAAAGAGAAACACGUAUCUAAGGGAAGCAAGAAAGAAGGCCGUAAAGGCAUUAGUAAUGUUGAAGGACCUGGUCUGAAUGGGAAUGGUGAUCCACCAAGGAAGCUUGAGGUUAGCAAUUCUGCUGAUAAUUUGAGUAAAGAGGAACCUGAAGCUGCUUCAAUGAGUGUUCCAGAUCCAGAUUUUCAUGAUUUUGACGAGGAUAGAUCAGAAAGGUCUUUCGGGGAUAAUGAAGUUUGGUCUGCUUAUGACGAUGAUGAUGGCAUGCCUCGUUUUUAUGCUCUCAUUCACAAGGUGGUUUCUAGGAAGCCUUUUAAGCUAAGGAUUAGCUGGCUCAACUCAAAAACGACCAAUGAAUUCAGCAAUAUGGACUGGGUUGGCUCAGGUUUCUAUAAAACGUGUGGAGAAUUUAGGGUGGGUAAGCACGAGAACUGCAAAUCAAUGAAUGCAUUCUCUCAAAGAGUUAACUGGUCGAAGGGUCCACGUGGGAGUGUUCUGAUACUCCCUCAGAAGGGUGAUGUUUGGGCACUUUACAAAAAAUGGUCAUCUGAUUGGAAUGAGCAUACCCUUGAUGAAGUUAUACACAAGUAUGACAUGGUAACCGUGCUGGAUGACUACAUAGAGGAACAUGGUGUGCGUGUUGCUCCACUUGUGAAGGUUGUUGGUUUCAAGACUGUAUUUCGUCCGAAUAUGGACCCUGAAGCAAUCAAGAGGAUUCCAAAAGAAGAGAUGUUUCGUUUUUCUCACCGGGUUCCAAACCACUUGCUUACCGGUUUAGAAGCUCCAAAUUCUCCAAAAGGAUGCCUGGAGCUGGAUCCAGCGGCUACCCCUUUGGAACUUCUUCAGGUGAUAUCUGAAGGUAAGGAGGUUCCAAAUGGAGGAAAUGCCAAUGAAGAGGUAUUGCAGGACAUUCCUAGUAGUAGUUCAGAUGAAAUUGCUGAUGGGACUAAUUAGAGCUGAGGCUGUAUAUAUAUCUCGAAGCCAAGUAGGGAAAAAGCAAGUGGACUUGACAAGGUAGCCAGCAUUCAGUAGGUCAAGACGUCGACUAGAUGACCGCAUAAUUGGGAGAUACAACUGUUUUUUUUUUGUUAGUUUUUGCAAUUGCAAAAAGUGAUGGAGCCUCGCUCUCUAGAAAUAUCGCAUUUUGAAACUACAGUUAAUUUUGGCAAAUUUUUUUGUAUUGGUUUUGCUGUCUCUUGUCUUGAGGAGACUUGAGAUUGCUGCGGGCUAUCGCUACUAGUCGAGUCUGGCUCCAUUUCUGACUGUAAAUCGAGUUUAGCUGAUGAGCAGAUCACAACAGUUUCUUCUUUUCCGCCGAGGGCGAAGAGAAAUGCUUCGCAGGUGGUAAGUGAUUAAAAUAGACAGGUCUGUAAAUUUUUUGGAUUUUGCUGCUUUUUGUCUUCUGCUACGGGUAACAAAUGUAUUGCUUUUGUUGGAUAACUAUAUAUAUUUUUGAAGUUGCAACUCA